UGCCACGCAGACCCUGAAACCGAAACCCACAGGCGAGCCCAGCAAAACCACCGGCAAAACGGCUCCGACGGCGAGCCAGCCGCAACUCCGCCUCCGGUUUCGCCCGCGCGCCGCGCCCUUCUCGUGCUCUCCUGUCUCCUCACCCCCUCGUCCUCUCCUUAAGUAGCCUGCUCUGCUUCUGUUCUGUUCACCUGGCGCAGCUCAUCGUAGACCGACCUAGCUCACAAUCACAAGUGUCCAGUGCAACCCAUCUCGUUUCUUCUCGUUCUUUGGUGUACACAUGGCGGAGGCCAAGACUGAGCCUGCUCCGGCGGCGGCGGCGGAGGGCGGUUCGGGGGAGAACCACCAGCAGCAGAAGACGGUGGUGGUGGUCGGGGUGGACGACAGCGACCACAGCUACCACGCGCUCGAGUGGACGGUGCGCCACGUCGCGGCCGGCAUGGCGGGCGCCGCCGACCUCGUCAUCGUCCACGCCAAGCCGUCGCCGUCCUCCGUCGUCAGCUUCGGCGGGCCCGGAGCCGGCGAGGCCAUGAGGUACGUGGAGGCCGACCUGCGCAAGAUGGCCGAGGCCGUCGUCGACAGGGCGCGCCGCGUCUGCAUCGCCAACUCGGUGCACGCUCUGAUCGAGGUGGUCGAGGGGGAGCCCAGGUACGUGCUCUGCAACGCGGCCGAGAAGCACCACGCGGACCUGCUCGUCGUCGGCAGCCAUGGCUACGGCGCCAUCAAGAGGGCUUUCCUGGGGAGCGUGAGCGACUACUGCGCGCACCACACGCACUGCUCCGUCAUGAUAGUGAAGAGCCCCAGGCCCAAGUGCUGAGCGUGUACUGCCGUGCUCUGCUCAUCAGGUGCAUACUGCUCUGCUCCGGUGCUGAACUGCUGACAGUGAACUAAUGAAGCGACCUAGGUCCAAAUCCUGAGAGGAUGUACUUGCAACAGCCUCUUCAGCUGUGUUUCUGUCAACAGAUGAUACUUAUUUGUGCAGUGACAGCUUUUUCUAAGUGGAUGCAAGUGAAACAAUGUUUGCGUUUUU